AUGGACGACUCAAGAACAACAUUCUCCUACGACGAUCUGGACAUUGCAAAAGAUCAAAAGCAAGUCCGAUUACUGAAACUCUUGCCCUCUAUUGAUGAUGCCGACCAGAUAAUCUGCACUCUCGAGGUAGCUGAUUGGGCAUCUGAGCUUCAUUAUGCAGCUAUAUCCUAUGUUUGGGGUGACCCAACGAUAAAGCGGGCCAUCCUCAUCAAUGGCCAGCAAUUCAAUGUCACUGAAAACUUGCACUCUGCCCUUUGGCAUAUCCGCAAAAACAACAUGCUGCAACCAGAGGGCUCGGGGCAGCCGGAAAGUCUUCCUCUUUGGGUCGAUGCUGUCUGUAUCAACCAGGACAGCAUUGAAGAACGUAACCAUCAGGUUCCCUUGAUGGGGUCGAUUUACGGCUCUGCAUCCAGAGUCAUCUACUGGCUCGGCCGAAAGGAAGAUGGCAUAUUGAGUGGGGACGCAGCAAUCGCCGCUAUCCACGAAAUGACAGAAGCUGCAUUUCAUAACGGCUCGAAUCUGGAUCAAGACAGCCUCAAGAAAUUUCUCGCUGCUCACAAGGGCCUUUCCGUACCGGUCGUACCGGAUCUCUCCAUUCCCAACGCCACGACGUGGGAUGAGUUGCCACAAGUCUGGCAAUCAAUCGUGGAGACACUUCUUUGCGAAUUCUGGAGCCGUGUUUGGAUAUCCAAGAGAUUGUCCUGCCAAUUUCUCAAGACGCCCUUUGGUUUACCUGCGGUAAUAGUGUCACAACCUGGCCGCGGAUUGUACAAUUCUCGGAACUCCUGGACUUUCUAG